CGCAACUUAAAUAUAUUUGCACAACAACAUGCGUUCAACUUUUAAAUGUAUUUGCGUCCGACUACGAUAAUUUUAUCAUUGGACAUCACUAUAUAUCACUGGAUCUUCCAUCCGGUGGUAAAAAAAAAAACCUAUUAGAAG